ACGACUACUGCUCACGCUCAUAUGCGGAGAUCUGGCACGUACUAGGUAGGCACGUGCCGUCACAACUCACAACAACACGCGGCGACUUGAUCCCACGGGCGCACCGAUGGUUGACUCCGGCGUGGCGAUAGCUCUCGGCGUGGUCGGGCUCCUCGUGGCGGUGCUCGCGAUCGCCUGGGCGGUGCGGUGCGCCGUCGCCCGGCGGCGCACCGAGGAGGCGAAGCAGGCCGUCGGCGUCGGCGCGGGGCUGCUGGACAAGGAGGCCGUCGUCGUCGACGUCGAGGCCAAGCGCGAGGAGCCGCCGCUCUGCGCGAUAUGCAAGGGGCCGCUGGCGGCGGGCGGGGGGAGGUGCCGGCGGCUGCGCGCGUGCGGCCACGUCUACCACGCCGAGUGCGUCGACCUGUGGCUCCAGCGGAAGCCGAUCUGCCCGCUGUGCCGGGCCGGCGUCGUGCUCUCGCGGACGGACAUCGUCGACGCCAUCGUGUGA